AUGGGGCACAAGCGGAUAACCAGCACUCGACGGGAGAGCGUAGAGGAGGUCUACCAGUUUAAUCGUUGGGCCAGCGACGAGGCAAGGCGUUGUUUUCCCCGAGUCAUGCGGAGGGGGGAGGGGGGUCUGCUCGAGUACGUCCCACCUGAAGAUCCAAUUGCAAAGUUGCUCGCACACAAUGACGCUGAAACCACCAACGGUCAAACACACUUCUAUGAAGCGUUCACAGAGCUGCUCAAGAGUGAGGGUCAUAUCGUGAGAGGAUUGUUACAGCUGCGGUUCGACGAGACCGAGAAGGUUGGCGAUGGCACGCAGGAGGAGACGCGUCCGACGGGCUUUCUGAAGCAACGGUUGCUCGAAGCAACCGACAUCUCGAGCCAAGAAUUUCAACGGAUUGAGCGGUUGGUUCAGAAGCGGGCGCAUCAGGACGGUGAUGUUGCAAAGAUGGACAGGUUCAAACUUAUCCGCUUCUACAAGAUCCGUCGCCUUAACGAGGAGUUCCUCGACGUGUAUGGUGCAAAGCCCUUAGAGUCUCUCACGUUUCUGCUGCAAGUGAUCGAUCCUUUCCAUCAGUGGGACAUCACGGAGAUAGGAAGGGCUAGCUAUCGACCAGUCGAGGUCCAGAUCACGAGAGAGAUUCUCUCCACGCUAGGUCUGGCGCAUCCGCUCGACCAUGAGCACAUCUCAGAGCCUCUCGAGACAUUGGCACCGAAGCUCUUGGUUACGAAGUAUUUCAAAGAGUACGACAGCUGUGUACGUCUGUUCAAUACCCGAGCUAAGCGCGCAGUGGUCGACCUCAGGGACCGGAAAGGGGUAACGCACGCUUUGAACCACAUCUUCAAAAAGAUAGGGCUUCGAAUCUCGCUCUCUCAGGCAGGCCGGGAAACGUUGGUGGAUCCGGUUACCAAGAAGCGGGCGCGCAUUUACGGGGGGUGGCAAGUAGAGUACGAUCCGCGGGGCACGCUCGGAGUCAAGCACAUGGCUCAGUUGCUAAAGCUGCAGGUGUUCCAUUUGUCUGUAGAUCCAUCGUUUGACGCACUAGAAGCGCUAAGCCAAUACUAA